UUCGCCAUAAUUUCAGCUAAGUGCGCAUGCGCGCUAUGUAUUAAGCAUUAUGGCGUCGAGUUUACAAAAUUGCAAGACAAACUUCGGCGAUUGAAAUACUUUAAACGCAAACACGGACGACAAAUGCAUACCGAGAAGAAAAUAACCAAGGAAGACACAUGGAGAACUGCUGAUCUGAGAAGACACAUCAGAGAAAACGCGUAUGAUGAAGGCUAUAUGAGACAUAGAGAUGACGGUGAGAGAAAGCACCGUGGUGGGGAAUCCACAGAGAGACGUCACAGAGAUCCAGAAGAGUCCAGACGAGACCGAGGCAAACUCAGAGAAAGCGAGAGCACAAGAGAACGAAAAGAUGGAGACAAAUACGUAGAACGAAGGAAAGAGGGCUCACAAGACAGUAGAGGAGACAAGGACAGGAACAGGAAAGAUGACAGAGAAAGGAGGAGACAAGUCGAUGAUGGGGAAAACAGGGAAAGAAGACCUGAUAGAAAGGAAAUGCAUGAUAGGGAGAGACACAAAGAUGAGCGCAAAGAUAAGGAGAAAGAGAGGAUAAGGGACAGAGAAAGACACACUGAUGAGGACAGGGAUAAAAGGAGAGAAAACAGAGACAAAGAAAAAAGGAGGGAAGAAUGGCACCACAAGGGUGAGAGAAGAUGGCAUGAGGAAAGUGGGAAAGAAAGAAAUGAGUCAGAGUACCAACACAAAGAGCACAUGGAUCUACGCAGAGACAACUAUGAAGACAAGCGGAAGGACAAAGAAGGAAGACAUGAUGACAGAAAUCACUCAGAACAGAAAGAAGAAAGAGAGUAUAAAGAACAUAGACGCCACAGAGAGGAAAGAGAAAGGAGACAAAGACACAGAGACAGAGGACGUCAUGAAGAUAAACUGAGGCAUGAAAGUGAUUCCAGGAGGCAUCAGGACUUGAAACCAUCUAAUGAAAACGUCAGGCCUUCUCGGGGUGAAAGGGCAGAAAGGGACAAAAACAAAGAGAGUUUGAAAAAAGAGGAAGAAUAUGUAGAUCGACGAUACAAAGAGAGAAAGCACAGAGAAGAGGAAGACUUGGAAAAAAAUCACCAAGAAAGAACCAGCUCUAAACAGUUGUCAUCUGACCAAAGUCACAGACAUGAGAAGGUGGAAGAGACAAAGGUUAAUAAUGAUAAAGACUUGGCAGAGCAAGAAUAUGAAGAUGAUUUUGAGGAUUAUGAAGAUGAUUUUGAUGAGAGUGAAGAUGAAGGUGAGGAUGAGAAGGACUUGGUGGUGGAUGAUGAGAAGGAGGAGCUCACAGCGCAACAGAAAAAGGAGAUUGAGUCCAUUCAGAGAGCCAUGGCUGAAGAGAACGAGAGAGCUGUAACAACCAAGUCCAGACAAAGUAUGAGCAGAGAGGAGGAAGAUGUGCCCACAUGGUCCAAAGACUCUGAAAAUAAUCAGAUUAAAGCCUCCCAACGUGGAAAAUUUAUCAACUUUGUGGCUGCGAAGCAACGUGAAGUGAGCAAGAAAGUCGCCACAAAGCAGAAAAAGCGAAGCACAGAGCUGCUUCGGUUAAUUGAUCUGGACUUCUCCACGACUUUCACCGUUUUGGAUUUACCUCCUGUCAGCGAAUAUGAGCUGUACAUCAGAAACUUUGGAAAUGCAAACACCAAACAGGCAUACGUUCAGUGUAAUGAGGAUAAUGCGGACAGAGACAUUCAGACAGAGGAAAUAGAAACGUGUGAAAAGUGGACACAGCAUCCCCCAGAGCACAACGUAGCCUGUGGUGAUCCAAACCUCUCUCAGGAGGCACGAGAAAGAACCAGAAGUGAGCUGAACUUCGAUUCGCAGCGCCUGACGUCAUUUCUGCAGUCAGCCUCACAGGUCAUGAUGGUGUUGUUGGAAGAGGAUCAAGCAGAGAGAAACUCCCUAAGACAGCUGAAGGUCCAAACCAAAUCACUUUUGUUCAGCGAUGGAAGUUUACAGCUCAACACUAAGUUGCCUUUUCUUUUAGGUCGACAAAUCAGCCUGGUGCACUUCUCUCAGGUUCAGAGACACACCAUGCUGUCGGUGCAUUUGCCCACAGCCAAAGUGAGCGCUGUUCGGCUUGACAGCAGCACCAUCAUCUGUAUCUGGAACAUCUGGGAGCCGUCCAGACCUCAGAAGAUCCUCCUUUAUGAAUCAGAGGUGCAGUGUUGCUGUUUCAGCCCUGAAAAGGCCACUCUGGUGUUUGCAGGUACUUCUGUUGGUUCUGUGGUGCUGUGGGACCUUAGGGAACAAACCAGUAAACAUUACAGUUUAAAGAUCGGGGAGGAUGAGUGGACCUUCAGACAGCCUACCUUCUCCACUGACUCUGUGUUGUCUGGCUCAGGCCAUUUCUCACCUGUGACCUCUAUAGAAGUCGUCUCCUCCACUGUAGCCGGAAGGCUGAGUUCAGAGGUCCCAUUUUUCGCAUCCGAGAAAGAGCCAACGGGGUUAUCGUGCCAGCUAGCUUCUCUGGAUGAGAGUGGGCUGUUAAACUUCUGGGUGGUGUUGGAACUCCCUAAAGGCAAUGAUGCCGGCUCUCCUACAGAUCUAGGUCUUCGUCCUGGGGGGAAAGUAAAAUUGCUUCACAGCUCUUCCCUCCUCACUGCUGACAGGACAAGAGAUGCAACAAAAACAGGACCGAUACAGACGCUGCUUUUAAAAUUUCUCCCCACAGACUCCAGUCAUUUCUUUAUUGGCACCAAUUUGGGUCUGGUCAGUCAUGGAACAAGUCACGGUCUGAAGGCUCCACCAAAGUCUUACAGAUUCCAGGAGGUGGAAGAGCGACCUGUUGACGUCAGCUCAAUCAGCUUCUCUCCCUUCAGAACACACUUGUUCUUGGUGGGCUGUGGAGAUGGCAGCAUCCGGCUGCAUGCAGUCAGCCAGGACCAGCCUGUGGCAGAGUGGAGGAACUCCACAGCUGGAGAACCUGUGGCCUCCCUGCAGUGGAGUCAGACCAGGCCGACUGUGUUCUGCGUGCUCGAUGCCGCUUCAAACCUGUACAUAUGGGACCUGUUGCAAAGUGACGCUCAGCCGGUGAUAACUGAGAGAAUGAAUUCUGAUAGGGCGACAGCCGUGUCUGUGUUCGGAGACUCGGGACAACAAAACGCAUUUUCAGGAGUAGCCCUGGCACACGAGUCAGGAAAACUAGAACUGCAUUAUUUCACAAGAAGUUUGUCUGGAUCCAGCCCAGCAGAAGAGGGGAAGCUGGAGAGUUUUUUAACUCGAGCCUUUUGAACACUGCGUCUUAUCUGACUGAAGUGACACGAUGUGAUCAUCAACGUGUUACAGCAACAGUUUCUUUUUUUUUUUUAACU